AUGCGAGCCGGCGUUGCCGAUAACCGACCGACAAAGUACUGCGGCUCCAUCGGGCUGCAGCACAGCGACGGCGUGCGAGAGCCUUCGGUGGAUCAGGACAGACUGGUGGGGAAAGCAGGCGAGGACGAGGAACGUGAUCUCGCGCUAUUGCAGCGCUGCUGUGGUAGUAUCGUGGUGGCACUGCUCGUGUCCACGGCCAGCGUGUCGGCUCCGUAUCGCGGCUCCAUCGGCCUGGAGCACAGCGACGGCGUGCGAGAGCCUUCGGUGGAUGCGGACAGACCGGUGGGGAAAGCAGGCGAGGACGAGGAACGUGAUCUCGCGCUAUUGCAGCGCUGCUGUGGUAGUAUCGUGGUGGCACUGCUCGUGUCCACGGCCAGCGUGUCGGCUCCGUAUCGCGGCUCCAUCGGCCUGGAGCACAGCGACGGCGUGCGAGAGCCUUCGGUGGAUGCGGACAGACCGGUGGGGAAAGCAGGCGAGGACGAGGAACGUGAUCUCGCGCUAUUUCAGCGCUGCUGUGGUAGUAUCGUGGUGGCACUGCUCGUGUCCACGGCCAGCGUGUCGGCUCCGUAUCGCGGCUCCAUCGGCCUGGAGCACAGCGACGGCGUGCGAGAGCCUUCGGUGGAUGCGGGCAGACCGGUGGGGAAAGCAGGCGAGGACGAGGAACGUGAUCUCGCGCUAUUUCAGCGCUGCUGUGGUAGUAUCGUGGUGGCACUGCUCGUGUCCACGGCCAGCGUGUCGGCUCCGGUCGACGUGCUGGUCGGAAUGAUGUUGGCGGCACGCCACGUCGAGGAGUCGAGGAUUGUGUUAUCUGGCAGCACGGAGGCCGAGGCGAGUGGCGAUGUCAUUCUGUACUAUCGCGGCUCCAUCGGCCUGGAGCACAGCGACGGCGUGCGAGAGCCUUCGGUGGAUGCGGACAGACCGGUGGGGAAAGCAGGCGAGGACGAGGAACGUGAUCUCGCGCUAUUUCAGCGCUACCGUGGUAGUAUCGUGGUGGCACUGCUCGUGUCCACGGCCAGCGUGUCGGCUCCGUAUCGCGGCUCCAUCGGCCUGGAGCACAGCGACGGCGUGCGAGAGCCUUCGGUGGAUGCGGACAGACCGGUGGGGAAAGCAGGCGAGGACGAGGAACGUGAUCUCGCGCUAUUUCAGCGCUGCUGUGGUAGUAUCGUGGUGGCACUGCUCGUGUCCACGGCCAGCGUGUCGGCUCCGUAUCGCGGCUCCAUCGGCCUGGAGCACAGCGACGGCGUGCGAGAGCCUUCGGUGGAUGCGGACAGACCGGUGGGGAAAGCAGGCGAGGACGAGGAACGUGAUCUCGCGCUAUUUCAGCGCUACCGUGGUAGUAUCGUGGUGGCACUGCUCGUGUCCACGGCCAGCGUGUCGGCUCCGUAUCGCGGCUCCAUCGGCCUGGAGCACAGCGACGGCGUGCGAGAGCCUUCGGUGGAUGCGGACAGACCGGUGGGGAAAGCAGGCGAGGACGAGGAACGUGAUCUCGCGCUAUUUCAGCGCUGCUGUGGUAGUAUCGUGGUGGCACUGCUCGUGUCCACGGCCAGCGUGUCGGCUCCGUAUCGCGGCUCCAUCGGCCUGGAGCACAGCGACGGCGUGCGAGAGCCUUCGGUGGAUGCGGACAGACCGGUGGGGAAAGCAGGCGAGGACGAGGAACGUGAUCUCGCGCUAUUUCAGCGCUGCUGUGGUAGUAUCGUGGUGGCACUGCUCGUGUCCACGGCCAGCGUGUCGGCUCCGUAUCGCGGCUCCAUCGGCCUGGAGCACAGCGACGGCGUGCGAGAGCCUUCGGUGGAUGCGGGCAGACCGGUGGGGAAAGCAGGCGAGGACGAGGAACGUGAUCUCGCGCUAUUUCAGCGCUGCUGUGGUAGUAUCGUGGUGGCACUGCUCGUGUCCACGGCCAGCGUGUCGGCUCCGUAUCGCGGCUCCAUCGGCCUGGAGCACAGCGACGGCGUGCGAGAGCCUUCGGUGGAUGCGGACAGACCGGUGGGGAAAGCAGGCGAGGACGAGGAACGUGAUCUCGCGCUAUUUCAGCGCUGCUGUGGUAGUAUCGUGGUGGCACUGCUCGUGUCCACGGCCAGCGUGUCGGCUCCGUAUCGCGGCUCCAUCGGCCUGGAGCACAGCGACGGCGUGCGAGAGACUUACGAGGUUAUACGGGGGAUUCACUAUACAGUGGGCGGCGACCUCAGGGUCUUGAUGAACUGGCCCAAUACACUGGAGCCACUUUCGAACUUGGUACCUGCGGACCGAGAGCAGAUCGAGCGUGCUAACGGUAUUGCAGGCAACUAA